GCUCGCUCGCUCGCUCGCCCCCGCGGGACGGCAGCAAUCCCCUCCUUCCCGCCCGGCCUCCUCCUGCCCGUAGCCCGCGGGCGACGGCAACAGCUUCGGGAGUCCCGGCCCCCCGCGUCGCCGCCGGCGGCCCCAGCUGCGCCCGCCCCGCCGAAGUUCCUCGCCGUGGCCGGGCCGGGGCGGCGGGAGCGGGUCUCCCCGCAGGGAGGAAGGCGGCCGCCUUCCGGGCCGGGAGAGCCGCCUCCCGCGGGAGCGCACGAAGCCGGAGCCGCCGCCGAGCAGGAGUUCCUUGGAGCCUGCCCUGGGAAUGGACAGCCACCUCCAUUUCUGGAGGAGAGUAGUGCCAAUUGAAGAGGCCUUCAAGGCAAGUCGACAAGUGUGCUGAUACUCUUAGAAGAGUAAAGGGAAGAGACAACCUUCUCGGCCAACAGCCAUGCCUUUCGGGCUGAAACUACGACGGACCAGACGCUACAAUGUCUUGAGCAAGAACUGCUUUGUGACACGGAUCCGUCUGCUGGACAGCAAUGUCAUCGAGUGCACUCUCUCCGUGGAGAGCACAGGGCAGGAGUGCUUGGAAGCUGUUGCUCAGAGGCUGGAAUUACGUGAGACACACUACUUUGGCCUUUGGUUUCUCAGCAAGAGCCAGCAAGCCCGCUGGGUUGAACUGGAAAAACCUCUGAAGAAGCAGCUGGACAAAUUUGCCAAUGAGCCUUUGCUUUUCUUCGGGGUAAUGUUCUAUGUGCCCAGUGUUUCCAGACUGCAACAGGAGGUAACAAGAUAUCAGUAUUACCUACAAGUGAAAAAGGACAUUCUUGACGGCCGAUUGCGUUCUUCAUUGGAGCAGGGAAUUCGACUGGCUGGUUUAGCAGUGCAAGCGGAUUUUGGAGACUAUCAUCAGUUUGAAUCUCAUGACUUCCUCCGAGAGUAUGUCUUGUUUCCUAUGGACUGGACCCAGGAUGAAGCUGUCCUGGAGGAACUGACUCAAAAGGUUGCACAAGAACACCGAACUCACAGUGGCAUUACAGCAGCAGAGGCUGAGCUAAUGUACAUCAAUGAAGUGGAACGCCUUGAUGGGUUCGGACAGGAAAUGUUCCCUGUGAAGGAUAAUCAUGGAAAUGACAUACACCUUGGUAUUUUCUUCAUGGGAAUCUUCAUAAAAAACAGAAUUGGAAGGACAACUGUGAUCUAUAGGUGGAAUGACAUUGGGAAUAUUGCACAUAACAAGUCUUCAAUUGUUCUAGAGCUGAUCAACAAAGAAGAGAACGUGCUCUUUCACACAGAUGAUCUUGAAAAUGCCAAAUAUAUCUCACGGCUGUUUGCAGCAAGACAUAAGUUUUACAAACAGAACAAAAUCUGCACAGAACAAUCAAGUUCUCCUCCCCCUAUUCGACGACGGCCCACUUGGAGUAGAUCAUCUUUGCCUAGGCAACAUCCAUUUAUACUGCCUCCUAUGCACGUCCAGUGUGGAGAUCACUAUACUGAAACACAUAAUUCACAAGACAGCAUUUUCCAUGGAAAUGAAGAAACUUUCUACUGUAGGUCCCAGACCAGCCUGGACAGAUGUCCAGUGGACUUCAGCUACUUGAAUGGUAAUGGACCCAAUGGGAGUGUAUGCAGUGCACACAGCAUGAACUCCCUGAAUCGCUCACAGAACUUCAUCCAGGCAUCUCCAAUGUCCUCAAAUCUGAGCAUCCCUGGAAGUGACAUCAUGAGAGCGGACUAUAUCCCCAGCCACAGACAUAGUGCAAUCAUAGUCCCGUCUUACCGACCAACUCCAGAUUAUGAAACUGUCAUGAGGCAAAUGAAGAGAGGGGUGAUCCAGAUGGAUAGCCAAAGUCAGUCUUUGAGGAAUCUCAAUAUUGGAAACACACAUGCUUAUAACCAGCCAGAAGACCUAGUUUACAGUCAACCUGAGAUUAGAGAGAGGCAUCCUUAUACAGUUACUUAUGGGCCUCAGGGUGGUGGCUAUAACAAGCCUGUUACCCCUUCUGACCAAAUGAACCCUAACAAUGCUGUGCAAAAUAAGACAGCAGCCAGUGCCAUAUCACACACAGUCAGCACGCCAGAACUGGCUAACAUGCAGCUGCAGAGCAGCCAGAAUUACAAUACGGCUCAUAUGUUAAAGAACUAUCUCUUCAGACCCCCGCCUCCGUACCCACGCCCACGUCCUGCCACCAGCACACCUGACCUUGCAAGCCACCGGCACAAGUAUGUCAGCGGGAGCAGUCCCGACUUGGUCACACGCAAAGUCCAGCUCUCAGUAAAGACGUUCCAAGAGGACAGCUCGCCGGUUGUCCGUCAGUCGCUGCAGGAGGUCAGCGAACCCCUCCUUGCAGUGAAGCACCAUGCGGCUGUGAACAAGCGCCAUAGCUUGGAAGUCAUCAGCAAUAUGGUCCGUGGUAUAGAAGCCAUGGCAUUAAAAACUUUAAACGCUCCUCUACCACGCAGGAACACCCUGCGGGAGCAGGUGCAGCCAGAAGAGUCAGUUCAGAUGGGGCAUGAAGUUCAACAGGUUCCUCAUUAUCAUCACAAAAAGACGUUCUCUGAUGCCACAAUGCUGAUACACAGUAGUGAAAGUGAAGAGGAAGAAGAAACCACAAAAUCUGUGUCACAGAUAAGAGCCCUCCAUGAGAACAUGAAGUACAGUGCUCAGCUGCAAGCUGCCUUGGCUAGAAUACCAAAUAAACCUCCCCCAGAAUAUCCCGGGCCUCGUAAAAGCGUCAGCAACGGAGCCCUGAGGCAGGACCAUAUUAGUGCUUCUGUGGCCGUAGCCAGGGCCAAGGCCAUGAGGCCAGGGCCUUCCAAGGCCAUCAGUGUGUCUCGGACAGAUCAAGUGGCAAUAAAUGGGUCCUCACUCGGGCCCUCUAUCUCAGAGCCUGACCUCACAAGCGUAAAGGAGAGGGUGAAGAAAGAACCUGUCAAGGAAAGGCCUGUGUCUGAAAUGUUUUCAAUCGAGGACAGCAUUAUAGAGAGAGAAAUCAUGAUGAGGAAUCUAGAAAAGCAGAAGAUGGCAGGCCUGGAGGCCCAGAAGAGGCCCUUGAUGUUGGCAGCACUGAACGGACUUUCGGUUGCUAGGGUUCCAGUGCCGGAGGACAGCCAGGAUGAAGUAGCCAAGGUGCCAAUGGAUGAGAGGUGCAAAAUCUUGAAGAGGAAGUUGGAAGAGGGGAUGGUGUUUACAGAAUAUGAGCAGAUUCCAAAGAAAAAGGCAGAUGGGAUCUUCACCACUGCUGCCUUGCCUGAAAACACUGAGCGCAACCGCAUCAGGGAAGUUGUUCCUUAUGAGGAGAACCGAGUGGAGCUGGUGCCGACCAAAGAAAAUAACACAGGCUACAUCAAUGCUUCACAUAUAAAGGUUACUGUAGGCGGAGAGGAGUGGCACUACAUUGCUACCCAAGGGCCUCUGCCACACACGUGCCAUGACUUCUGGCAGAUGGUAUGGGAACAGGGGGUGAAUGUUAUAGCUAUGGUCACAGCUGAAGAGGAGGGAGGAAGAAGUAAGAGUCAUCGUUAUUGGCCUAAACUGGGCUCUAAGCACAGCUCAGCCACUUACGGGAAGUUCAAGGUGACAACCAAGUUCCGCACAGACUCCGGCUGCUAUGCAACCACUGGUCUGAAGGUCAAGCAUCUUCUCUCUGGAGAUGAGAAGACAGUGUGGCAUUUGCAGUAUACUGAUUGGCCGGACCAUGGAUGUCCAGAUGAAGUUCAAGGCUUUUUAUCUUACUUGGAGGAGAUACAGUCAGUGCGUCGCCACACCAACAGCGUGCUGGACAGCAGCAACAACUGCAACCCUCCUAUCGUGGUUCACUGCAGUGCAGGGGUAGGAAGGACUGGAGUGGUUAUCCUAACAGAGCUGAUGAUUGGGUGCUUGGAGCAUAAUGAAAAAGUGGAUGUCCCUGUGAUGCUGAGACACCUGCGUGAGCAGAGAAUGUUUAUGAUCCAGACCAUAGCCCAGUACAAAUUUGUCUAUCAAGUGCUCAUCCAGUUCCUGCAAAACUCAAGACUUAUUUAAUCUCUUCAAACAUCUCAGAGCCAGCUUUGUGGAUCUGACUGAACCUUACUGAUGAAUGAGGGGAACUGCCUUGACAACACAGCGUGCAAUCCGUGUUGCACUUUUUAAAGCUGUCUUGAAAGUAAGGAAUUUGUUCUUUACUAGAGUCUCCCAUGGAUUAUUUUAUAGAAGAUAUAAUUUAUUUUUCUUAGAAUAAUUUGUGAAUUACUUUAAUAACUUGUAAAACUUAUGGUGAGCUUCGAAUUGAACUAUAUUUGACACGACUGGUCUGCAUUGUAACAUGUUCGUAAGGAAAGCAAUCCUUCAUAAAUGUAGAAUACUGGCUUUUAUUUUACUACACCAUUUCUGAAAUGAACAGUUAUUUGGCAGUGGGCUUUUUCUUACAUAAGAACAUUCUGACCCAGAUGUGUAGCUUCUAUGAUUUAAAAAGAAAAAAAGAAAGACCUGCUAGAUGUCAAAUACAGUUCUAAAUGAGUGGAAGCAGAGGACAUGCCGUCCUGGGACAGGGAGACCUAAGUCUCUGCAUAGGCAGAAGGGCACAUUACAGAGGGCUCAUGCACAGGCUGUUGUGAGGGCAGAGAAUUUGGGUGCUGAACUGUUCAAAUUCCAUGAGAAUUACAGUUUUAGAUUAGUCCUUAAAAAAGCAAUAUUGGAUUUUUUUAAAUUAAGCCUUUGCUAUUUGUGGUCCUUGAAGGGAUUCAUGUAAGAGCUGAAGCAGUAUUAGAAAACUGACCAAGAGCAGGGUGAGUAGUGAAUCUUUCCUGUAGAUAUGGGUUGAGCAGUAGAGGGAUUUCAACUACAUGCAGCUGAAAAAAAUAUAUAUUUAUCAAAUUAAGCAUCUUUUAUGAAUUGCACAGAAACUUUUAUUGCCUUGAUGAUCACCUUGUGUGGAAAAGGAAUCAAAUUCAAGUUGGACAUCUCUCGUCACCAGUCUUUGUUUCCUGUGUCUUCAGUGCUGUAGUUGUUUCAUUCUCUAGUCCACUGAACUUCAUAAAAAUGAUCAAUACCGUUCUUAUUCUGUCCAGCAGUGAUUCUUGAUGGCUUUAGUUUAGAGUCGGCCUUGAUUGUUUCCCCCAUCACUGUCUUGUGGUUUGUGCACAUACCAAGGAGUUUUUUGGUAUUGGCAGCUCUCAUUUUGCUAGGGUGUUUUUUGUGUUAAAUUGCACAAACCAUCUCUCUUCUCAGGCUGCUGUUUCAACACUACUGGCCAUUUUGCGUUCUUCCUUCUAUUUAUUGUUACUGUUUUAUCCUGGUAGUGUUCAGGGUUUCCAGUAAGGAUUAUGAGUCUGUUGUAUCAGACAUUGCAUGAGUACAUAAUGGAGUUAACAGUCCUUGCCUGAAGUUUACAAUGAGAACAGAAAAGGGAAACAAACCUCCUCAUCCACCUCACAGCUAGAUGAAUGGGUUCUUAACUGGCUUGCCUGGGGCCAAAAGUGAAGUCUAUGGUAGAGCUAAGAAAAAAAAAAUCCAUGUUCUGCAAGUAUUUCACCGGUCGGCCCUGUCAACUGCUCCUUCUCCUCUUCUGUCCCUCAGCAUUCAGCAGCUGUUUUGCACAACUUUGUGCGUUAUCCUUUCUCCUGACUGUUUAUUUCAUUGAAGCAAAUCACAUUAUGAAUUACCUUGCAGCACAUGCAUGGUAGCAUGUACUUAGUUAUUUAGAAGUGACAGGAACUGUAUUUAAAAAAUAAAUAGCUUUAGCAAGUCAUGAUGCAAUUCCCACCUUGUUACUUGUGCAUGAGAUUGACAGAGACGUUCCUGCACUGAGAUUGUUCCCCUCAUCAUGCUGACUCCUUUCUCCUUUUCUUGCUGCCACCUCCUGCCAGCGCUCUGCUUGGAUCUGCUGGAGGAUGGAUCAGGCUGGAAGGGAGCCCAUGCAGACUCAGUCCCUAGCCCUGCUCAGCACAGUGUUGGACAGGCUUGCCCAGGGACACAUCCAGUAAAAUUUCAAAGAUUUCCAAGAGUGGAGAUGUUGCAACCUCCCUGGGUAACCAGAUGCAAUGUAGUUACUCUCUGAGUUACAUUCUUUUUCUUGGUAAUCCUUUCCCAGAUAAAUUUCAUCUUUUAGUCCUUCGCUACUUUUCCUUUUUACCCACACCUCUGAAUCUGUGGCCCCCAUCCUUAUCUCUGACUCCUUUCUGGUUCCAUUUCCACCCCCACUCCAAGGUCACUCUCCUUCCUUUUCAGAAUCCACGCUCCUUCCAUGCUCACUUUGUCCUCCCUCUGCCUGUAGUUUUGCAUCCCCAGCACAAACUCGUGUCCUGUUUUUUUUUCCACCCUAUUUUCUACUGUUUCUCCUUACUGGAUGACUCCUCAUUUCUUCUGAGGAUACAGCUGUUAUGUGGCAUUAGGUGACAUUAUGUGAAAUAGCAGGCUUUCUGCUAAGAACAGUUUCAGCAGCAGCAGAUGGGACAUGUCAGGUUGAGUAUUGUUAAAGGCCAUGGGACAUAGAUUCCCAGCUCCCAAGCAAUUCAGGUGCAUCCCAGAACAGACUGCAAUCCAAAAAGGCCACGGUGCAUUUACUGUUUUGGAGAGUCACAAUUACUGCACUCAUCUGUGAGCAUCUCACACUGCUGCUUCUCUGAAAUUUCCCUAUUACCACAUGGCAACAAAGAAAACCAGUUGUUUUCCUAUUCUUGUUUUAAAUGAUUGGCAUAUGGCCAAGCCAUAACUAGCUUUAAGUCAGUGUAUAAAGGCCUAAGCCAACAAGUACUCUGAGUUCAGGGUCACUGAGGGGACCUACACUCCUGCUUUUCCCUAGAUGCUGCGAGAGCUUAAUCUAAGGCUCUGCAACAAAGUCCUUCUAAAAUGCACGUAAAACUGUGCUGGUUUAUUGCUGCUAUGCAAUAUGGGUGUUACAAUGUGACAGGAAUUCUAGUAGAGAUUUUCAGCAACCAACAAAUGGCCAUGAGUUCUUUAGCUGUAAUAUCUUGACCAUGUUCCUUUUAGGGAUCAGUUGAGUUUUCAGUCAACUUCAGUUUUCUCCAAUUCCUUCUGCCGAUGCCAACAUAUCUCCUGUUACAUUAGCAGCAACCAUUUAAAGUCUUUUCAGCAGCAUCUGCAUGAUAAUUGCAAAGAGAUGCUUUAUAUCUGGGAAACAAGCCAAAGAAUAAACCUUGAAGCAAAGUGUAUUAAAUUAGUUAUCUCAUUUUAGCUUUUUGAAUAAUUUCCUAAUGAUGAAUUAAGUUUGAACUCAGAGCUGUCAAGUCCCAUUGCUCCACUUGGAUUUGAGAAGUUGAAAAUCAGGAGGGAAAAUAAUCUGCCCCUGUGUCUUAUUACUCAGUUAUUCUUGGCUGAAAUGCAUCCUACUGUUUCUACAGUCAGUUCAAAAAAGUUACUUCAUAAGAGAAUGUAAAUAGCUGUGUUUAAAAGGAAAAUUAAGCAAGCGUCACAUCAUAAGUGUCUUAGAAAAAUAUUAAUUAUGAAAUGGCACCAAAAAUCCUUUCCAAAUUAAGUCAGUACUCAUUAAUGAGCCAAAUAAAUGGCCACAUAGUAAACAGCCAUUUCCAAUUAACUCCUAAGACAGAGUGUGGUAGAUAGAAGCCAAUGUGACUCACUUUUUCCCUUUCAUUGUCAAAGAACAGUAAUUUUAAACUUUCCCUUUCAUCUGACUUCAGUGUAUUUUUUCCUGCCAUAUUUUAUCUUGACUUGAUCUGCUUGCUGAUAUCAUAAGUGAAUCGGGUUGGUGUGUCUUUAGAGGUUCCUUUCCACCCCAGCUUGCAAAUGAAUCUCAGCACGCCAAUGAUUUAUUACUGAAAUGGGUUACACUUUUGUAGGGGAAAAACUGAACCUCCUGACUUUUAAACCUGUUGUAGCUUUAUCAGUCCUAAACCACUUAAGCAAUAUUUCCUAACCCUUUAGGGAGUGACAGGAAAAUACAUAUUAUAUCCAAUUUCAUUAGUCAUUACAGGAGCGAAGCCGUGAGACUUAAAGCAGCAGUUCUGUUCAGUUUCUGGCCCACAGACAUAACAGCAGAAUCCUUUAGCACAAGGAGAGGGCAAUUUUGGGUUGCAGCAUCACGUACUUUUUAACCCCAAAAUGUAACAGUGAGUAAGUUACAGUAAAACAGUUUCAUCCAUUCUGAGUGAAGUUUGGAUUGAAAAUCUUGUAAAAUAAAUAAUAAUAAAAAUGGAGAAUUUAAAGAUUUAAAGAAAAUGGAAUCGCACAUUAAAACACUGGAAACCAGCAGUCUUCUCCAAGGUUCCCAUGUUGCAGUCUGGCACAUUUAGCCUAUGCUCCUCAGAUUAUUUUCUAGGAGAAAGCUCAGAGUGGAUAAGCCCUGCUUGGGAAUUCAUUGUGUGUAUUCUCCUUUUCAUGCACUUUUAAUCUAUAUUUACUUUCACAAUAUUUAACAGCUUCUUUUUCUUUAAGCUCAUAACAGUGCUUGCAUUGAGGUUGAUGGCAUCACAUUUUUGCUUAAUGUUAUGGUCAGACCAUUUCAUGCUUAACGUUAUCUGAGUUGAGGAUGGGAAAUCACAGUUGAGUCGCUGCUCACCAGCAGUCUGCCCAGUACUGCUGACAUCCAGUUUCUGUCCUCCAUGGGUUGAGCUGGAGAACAGAUCCUACUUAUUCCAGCUGCUCCCCAGGCCUGCCUUGGCACCUCUCGUCCUCGGUGAGCUGAGGUAAGACAGAGCUUGAUCCCACAAACCUUCUCCUACUAUAUAGGUGAAUAGGGACCCUAAAUGUUCAGCCUUACUGGAAGUAGUUUUUCCUUAAACUAAUGUUUCAGGUGAAAGGAGACACCUGUCAGAAUUUAUUCAACCUAUUGCUAAUGCUGUCCUUUAUACAGUGGCGACUGAAUUAGCUGUUGUCAGUGUCGCUAACAGUCUGGGAGCCGUGUGCUCAAAAAGUAGAAGUAUUGGUAUGGCUGAUCCCUGCUGUAGCAGCUCUCGUACCUCACCAAGAGGUUACAUUUUGCUGUUUUUAUAGAAAAGAAUACAUGUGGAACUCAAGGGUGGCACACAUUCCCUGAAAUAAAGGGUGUAUCAUACUGAAGGAGCAAAUAUUCAUAACUGAUCUUGCAAGGUAAAACACAGCAUGAAAACUUAAUCUGAGAGGUGUGGGAGCUACACAUGCAGUUCUGGCCAUCUGAGAGAAGAGAGGAGGACAUCGUGCGUGCUGCCAUGCGUAGCCUUGACUUGCAAGGACUGUGAUUUGAGGAAGGGAAGGGUUGUUUGCGCUCUUGGGCCAACAAGAGGAGGCUGAGUUCUCAGCCACAGAUAAGCUCCUGUUAGAUUGUGAAACAAAACAAUACCGUGCAGCUUAAAAAUAGCAGUGUUUACAUAAAUAUUUAAAAGCAAAUAGAUUUUGUUAGUGUAAGAUAUUCUAUAGCCAGUGAAAUUCACUUGGUUCCUCUCAGCCAUUUUUCAGCUGCUGUUUUUCUCAUUGUUGAAGUGUUGAUACUUUAGAUCUGUGCCCACCUUUACUGAGAGGUUCCCUGCUGCAGCAGUGGGACUUUGCCUUUGGAGGGUGGCCUGAAAGUCAUUGGUGGAAGAGCAGCAGCUCUCAUUGGAGAAUCCCAGUACUCAACAGUUUAAAAAAAAAAAAAAAAAAAAAAAAAAGCAACCUAUAUUCAUUUCAGGGAUCUGCUUCAAGUGUUAGUGCUUAAUAGGUUUUUUUCUUCCAGAUCAUCUGCCUAAAGACUUGGCAUUUUGGAUUGAGUCUCUAUACACAGACACUUCAGUAGAAGCAGUCCCUGAUCAGGCAGGCAACAGUGAGGAAGGCUUCCCAUAAAACUCUUCCAGGACAGGCUGGUAUUUGAUGCUAAAGGAAGAAAGAUAAUUGAAGGUAGCACAGGGUGUUCAGUCCGAAUAGCACAGCUGGCAAUCAGUGACUUAGAGGCUUCCCAAGGCUAAAGUUUUAUAUAUAUCCCAAUUUUUGUGUUUAAAAAUCACUGAUAGGGCCAUCUUCAAUGAAUUGUUUUUAAACCCAUUUAUUCCUCUGGCCUUCACAACAUCCUAUGGUGGUAAGUCCCACAGCUUAAUUAUACAUUAAUGUGUAAGAACUUCCUUUUUGUGUAUGUUAAAAGUAUUUUCUUGCUGCUACUCGGAAUCUUUAAUUAAAAAGAAAAAGCUUUUUAGUGCCAGAAACAUUGUUAAUAGUUUGUUAGUUGUUUACCCUGUUGAGAUUGCUCCUUAUGGAAAACAUGUUUUCCUCAUUGAUAAAGUACCUUUCUUUUGAUAUUUUACAAAGGAGAAGAGUUUACACAUGCAGAUGACUGUAAUAUCCCCACAUAUAAUUGUGUGGGUCAUGUUAAAUGAAAUAACAUGUUUAAAUAAGUUUUAUGUCACUGGAUUUUACUGUCCUGUUUUACUUCAGUAUUUUUAUGCUUCAGUUGUAUUUGUUCUGUAAUUCUGUACAUGACAAUUGAGCUCGAACAGUGAUCUGAAUCUCACACCCUCACUGUAUGUAUACAUUUUGUAGAGAAAUGGGAUAUCAGUUACAUGUCUUUCCUGCCCCCCCCCACCUCCUGUUAGGGGAUGAAUGGCAGAACUAUGCUAUGAUAUUGAAAGCCUUUUUUUAAAAAAAAAAAGAAAUCUAUGCAUGCUAUUUUAUAUCCUAAUGUAUUAUUCUUAUCAGUACAUAAGCUUAUGCUUGUCAGUUUUAUCUUAUGUAUAGAACUGAUUACUUUUGACAGUAUUUUUUGCACUGUUUCUUCUCUUUCUCUUUUUAUAAAGUUCUAUUUGGCAUUAAUUGACUGCAAUAUUUUUUUUUUACCCUUCACUGCCUUUAUGUAAAUAGAGCCUUUUCGAAUACGAAAAUGUUUUCCAUCACUAAGUUUUUUUUUUUUUUUCGUAAGGCUGUCCUUCAUAUUCACAAUAUACAAUAAACCUGUUUUUUUUUCCAAGGAAAA